GUAUACUGUAGAGAAUUCUAUGAGUCGGUCAUUGCAGUAUGUGCUAUUUAUCUCGAUUGCACUCUCUGAUUAUGGCGGUGCAAUACUUUUUUAAAAAGAAAAAUUCAGGUGCAAGUAGCGUCACUCUCGCAGACCCUUUUUGAAGAUCAUGGACGAUUUAUCGAUGAAGAAGUGUGUGCCAUGCAACUCGAAGGAUUUGCGACCCAUUACUGAAGAAAUUGCAAAUGAGCUAAUUCCAAGGGUUGCUGGGUGGAAUCUGGUGAAUGAAAAUGGGACAUUAAAGCUGCACCGGUCAUGGAAAGUGAAAAGUUUCUGUAAAGGGCUGGAGUUAUUUAAGCUUGUGGGUGAUGUAGCUGAAGCAGAAGGUCAUCAUCCAGAUCUUCAUCUUGUGGGAUGGAACAAUGUGAAAAUUGAGAUAUGGACAUAUGCUGCUGGUGGACUGACAGAAAAUGACUUCAUCCUUGCUGCUAAGAUCAAUGGUCUUGACCUGCAUGAGCUUUUGAGGAAGAAGGCUACUUCUUGAUGGGUCCGUAAAUUUUGUUCGCUAAAUGUUGGAUGGCAGAACUUCAUCUGCAGGGAAUAAAAGGUGUGUCUAUGUUGAUAGUUGUUUAAAACAUGGUAUGUAUAAGCAUCUGGUUUUUCUUUUCUUCC